AUGGGAGGGGGGGUUGAGAGGGUGAGGUGGAGGACUGCUGAAGCUGACAGGACGGAGGAUGAGUCAAUGAGCGCUGACAAGACUGACAAUGGAUCAACAAAUCCUGACAAGACGGACACUCCUGCUGAAUUAGACCUGUCUCGCCUCGUCGAAUCCGUCGAGAAUUGGACAGAUCCAGGCGCAGGAAACAAGAAGAUUUCACUCGUCGAUGCCACGCGGAAAGCAGGGUGUGGGAUCGAGUAUAUGCAUGCUGGAGAGGUGCCACGUCAUGUCGUCCCUGACAAGUUCAGAGGACUCUUCGGGGAGAGUGACGAGACUCAGCCGGGUGCUCCAGAGCCGCACCCAAUGUCCAGCCUCGAGGACGGUGCCCUCUUUUCAAGCAGUGAGGCGGGAGUGGAGACGUGGAGAAGGAAGGCUGGUGGAGCGAUAGAGUGCAGGACUCGAAGCGACGUCGGCCGCAGCAAGGUUGACGCGCAUACAAGUACACCUGGGAGUACUGGAGUGGAGCGCCGCGAGACUCUGAUGAUCAACGCUGCAUUCUUGAGUGCGAGGGUCGUCGGAAAAGCAUCCACGUUCAACAAGCCGAUUGUGGUUGACGUUGAGCUGCCAGUGUGGGCGUUUGCCAGCGAAGCGGCGCUGGAGGCACAAUGA